UUAUUCUAUUUCAGCUUAGUUAUAGUUCUUCCUAUGAUAUUAUUUGGCGUAUUGCUGUUUGGUGCAUUUGUUAUCGUACCAUGUGCUUUCAUAUUUGCAUCAUGGUACAUGAGGAUAAAGGAAAGAAAGCUUCAAAGAAGGAAAAAGCAUGGAGCUAAUAUUGCUUUCUUCCACCCUUAUUGUAAUGCUGGAGGAGGUGGGGAGAGGGUUCUCUGGGUCGCAAUACGGGCUAUUUUAACAAGGUAUCCGGACUCUCACAUAUACAUCUACACAGUUGAAACGGCAGAACCUAUGACCAUCAUAAACAAAGUUCAAAACCAGUUCAAUGUUAAAGUAGAACCGGAGAGAAUUAACUUCGUCAGACUGAGCUUGAAGAAGACCAUUGAGGCUGAAACGUAUCCAUAUUUUACGUUACUCCUACAAAGCAUAGGGUCAAUGGUUUUGGGUAUGGAAGCUUUUAUGAAAUUAAAUCCAGAUAUAUACAUCGACACAACGGGCUGUGCAUUCACCUACCCAAUAUUCCGCUACCUAGCUCAGUGCCCCGUGGGUUGUUACACCCACUACCCCAUAAUAACCUCCGCUAUGAUGAGACGUGUAAAACACAGGCUGACGAGCUAUAACAACAGCAGUGCAAUAGCUCGUAAUCCCUUAUUGACGUGGUGUAAGCUACUGUAUUAUAAGGUGUUUGGCUGGUUGUACGGUGUGGUGGGUCGCUGCGCUGACAUAGUCAUGGUAAACGGAACAUGGACGGAAGACCAUAUAAAUGAGCUAUGGAAAAUACCACUCAAUACCCAUCGGGUCUAUCCGCCGUGCGAGGUGACAGAAUUGAAGAAGCUUCGGUCUUUAGUAAAGGACUCGGACCCCAUACGUAUACUGUCGGUGGCGCAGUUCCGUCCAGAGAAGGAUCAUCCUCUCAUGCUGCAGGCCAUGUACGAACUGCGAAACUUACUCAUCAAGAAUGAGCUAUUAUGGAAUAAGAUUAAGUUGGUGCUGGUGGGGUCUUGCCGGAACGCCGCAGACGAAGAGCGAGUGAAACACCUGCGAGACCUGGCCAAGCACCUGGCGCUGGAGAACAGCGUGAGCUUCCUGGUGAACGCGCCGUACGCGCAGCUGCUGCAGCUGUACCAGUCCAGCGCGCUGGCGCUGCACGCCAUGUGGAACGAGCACUUCGGCAUCGGUGUAGUGGAAUGUAUGGCGGCGGGUCUGAUAACAAUCGCUCAUCGCUCCGGUGGCCCUCUAGCGGAUAUUAUAGAAACGUCGGAAGGUUCUAGAACCGGUUUCCUAGCAUCUGAACCGGAUGAGUACGCGCGUGCUAUACUUGAAGUUAUCGCUCUACCCUCAGACGAGAAAAAACGGAUUAUAGAAGCUGCUAGAGCUUCUGUGGAUCGUUUCUCUGAGAAAGAGUUUGAAAAAGCAUUCCUAAGAGCGACUGAGCCUUUAAUAAGAUUGGACUAACUAGGAAAGUGUUUUGCAAUAUUUACAAGUUUCCAUUAGUUUUAAGCUUAAAUAAUGUAACGAAAUAAAUUUUACCAAAGUU